ACAACACCAAAACACAUUAAUACAUAUUCGUACUUAAAUUACAUGGGUGCAAAUAGGGGCCGAAACACGUUUACAUUGGUUGCGAAUAGGUCACGGUAGACACAAGCACACCAUUUUUUGCCGAUUUUGGUACUACAUUAUCGGGGGCUGCAAUGUUUUCUCUUAAUCCACUCUUCACCAAAAUUCGGUAUACCUUUAAAUACGUUUAUAUAUAACUAAGAAAUUUUUUUAGCGAGGAGCUGUUUCAAAGACAAACCACGCGAUGACUGCUCGUGUUUGCAUUGCAUUAUUAUGAAAUUUAUUGUAACCAAAAAGUUGCCAGUCUGGAAUUAGAAAUAAAGGAACAAAAUUAAUUAGCUCGGCUAAACACUUUAUGUAUCAACUGCUCAUCCACAUUAUUUUCCUGCUCAAGGGACUGGGAUUAAAUUUUAUAAAUACUUUAGAAAAGUUUUUAUUGAAUACAAACUAUAAACUAUGCAUGCGCACCUAAUUUCAGUGCGUGACCGUGUCACACUCGUACCUAAUUUAAGGUGAGCUAUGCUGCCCCAUUUCAGGCCAUAAUUUACGUUCGUAUUGUGAGUUCUAAAAAAUGCUAGUUGGCAGCCAACAACAUUAAUUUUAUUAAUUUUUAAAUAAUGUCGUUUAUGCCAUGCGAAAUGGCCGCAUUUUGAGGAAUGUCGAUUUAGACUUUUUCGCCAACGGCUUGGCCACCGUGCAAUUUUAAAAGGCCAAAAAACUUACUAUAACGUUUCUAUGCAUGAAUCUACAUAUUAUGGACGUAUAUCUAUCUACAAUUUUUUACAAUGGUAAAACAUCGUUUCUGUCGAUUUUUGGACGCAUCCAUUUUUAAAAACAUUUUGAAAUUUGAGAAUGCGUUUACUAGUUGUGGUGUCAUCCACAACAUUUUUGCGAGUUUUUAAGUCUUUAAAAAUAUCGUGGAUAUUGGUAAUUUCAUUGAAAAUGUGGAUUAUGGAUUGUGGAUGUUGCUAAGCUUCAGCAUCAUUUAAGAAAGGCCCAUCAUGACAAAUCUGUAAAUAAUUUAACUAUUGGCAAAAGGGUCCGUUGGCUGGACUUUCCUUUUAUGUGACAAAGUCUAAUUCCGCCAAUUUGCCACUUCAUAAACGAUAUCAAACCUCGUCCCUCAUAUUUAUUUACUAAGAAACGUUCGGCUAAUCUUUUGAAUUUUGUCUUAGGAAAUGAAUGUUAGACCAGUCUGAGCGAUUAGAUCAGAUCAGAUGUCCUAACACUGACAACUGAAGAGCAGAAGUAGCCUCAACAUGGUCCUGAGCAGCACGUUCAGAAUUGUGCAGCAAAGAAGGCGAAGACAGCUAGGACCAAUCUCUUUGAGAGACCAGUGCAUCCGAAUCGUUCUGAACAAUAAAGCCUUCUAUGUCAACUAUCACAUUACAAAUGGCAUCAACCCUUUUGCAGAAUUACCUGACUUUUUGAUAAAUGAACUUCGAGAAAAAGAAAUCGGAAACAUCUACACUUCUGAAUAUGAACUGCAGCAUCUCUUCAUCAAUCCUAGAAUGAAAAGUAUAGAGAUAGCUUCGAAGCUUGACUCUCCCAGCUUCAAAAAGAUAUGGGAUGCAUUAAAUGAUAAUAAACCACCUUUGGAAACCUUCAUUUGGGAGCGAUGGCCCAUUCUGUUUGACCAACGUGUAACCUUUGAUGCUGUGAUGUCGUAUGGAGGUCUCAAAAUCCUUUCGCUAACCCAAUUUCCACAGAACGAUGGUCAUUUAGAAGAAAUUGCAUCAAAGCUAAAGUCUCUAAGGGUUCUCAAAAUAGGACUAGAAGAGAGAAAUGUCACCUUGAGAGGUCUGACGGCGCUUUCAAAACUUGAAAAUCUGCAAGAUUUUCAGUUCAAUGAAUACGAUCGUGAGCCAAAUGAUCAUCCAGUGUACCAAGAGAUCUUCAACCAGUGCCUGCAUCUGAUGCCAAAACUUCACACCAUUGGUACUUCUGUAUUCAUUGCCAUAAAUCAUGUUCUAGGUUACCCCAUUGACCGACCCAUCAGCUCAAUUCUUGAAUUGAACCUGAAGCAAAUAUUGCUGAAAAACUGUGGCACAAUCCCUCCAAACAUUCGCUUGCCACAAUUGAAGGAACUGUAUCUCAUGCACCCGAUUGAGAACAUAAAUGCUGAUGAGCGAUUCUCAAACGUAACUGUGCUUGGAAUGUACAAGAUCAGCCUUAGAUCUAUGUUUCGGGCUAUACAAUUGAUUGGAAAAAAUAUUGAAAAGCUCGUCAUCUCUCAUAUUGUGGAGAAUAUUAAUUUGGGUGAGGUGUUCCGAUUGUGUCCAAAUCUGAAGGAAUUUGAAAUGCCUGAGAGCCCUGAGCAGUUUAUCAUGACGGGCCCGUUUCUUCCUUUUGUUCAACAAUUAGAAAACUUGAGCAUCGAUUUGGUAAGUCCCCACAAUUCUAGUUUCCCUGAUGGCAUGCUGGCGCACUUGCUGAAAGCUCCAGCCCUAAAAAAAGUUGCGUUUAACUGCUUGUAUGUGACGCAAGAAGAGACAAACUCGAUUGUCAAAGGUGUGGAAGAAGGAACCAUGCUGCAAAACCUCGAGUCUUUUCAGUACUUCAAUUACACUGCUUGUGACAAUGAUGAUCCAAGCAACUUAGCUGCCGCUGAGAAUGUUUCUGACGAAGAAUUUUUCAAUCCGAUUUUGAGAGGCCGCUUUGAUGUGUUGUUUAAAAAAUUGGCUCUGCACUGUCCGAAGUUCGUGAAUUUAGUUGAAAACAACUAAGAUGCCUUUCUACCUUGUAAUUUUAGGCUGAAUUUUGGCCCAAAAGUUAGCAAGCUGGCUGAGAAUUCCAAAACAUCUUAUUGAUUUUUUUUUUUAUGUAUGGUCCUAUCUUAGUUGUAAUGCAUUAAUUAUUAAGAGGCCUUAUAAAGUGCCGAUCAUAAAUAUUUAUUUUGUAAGCUUUUUCUGACAAUAUAAUUGUUAUAAAGAAAUAAACGGUGCUGUAAUUUAGUAAAUUAAAACUAUUGCCUCGCAAUGUUACGUGUUCAAGUGUAUGCCUUAACUGUUAAUAAAUGCAAACUUUAUUCUAGACAA